AUGUCUGAACAAUUACUUCUUUGCUCUCUUAGCCAACUCAUUAUCGAUGAGAUAAAAUUUUCAGAUGGAACAAUACAAAGAGACAUUCUUGGAGGAGGUGGAGCACACGCAAUAUAUGGAAUGCGCAUAUGGUUCCCAUCACCAGAAUCACAGUGCAUCGCGUAUCUAGUGCAUGCAGGCUACGACUUCCCACCAUUGGUAAUACAAAAAUUACUAUCCCUCAACAUCUCCUUAACAAUAACAUUUCACUCGACGCUUCCCUCCAUCAGGGGUCUAAACACAUUUACAACACCCAACCACCGCGUCUUCACGUAUCAAACACGGCCAAUCGGUACUGUGCCGGCAGACCUCCCCACUAACUACCUAAACGUACGCAUUUUCCAUUUUAUAUGCACGCCAGUACGCGCGAUGCAACACGUGAAUGCGAUACUGCAGUUACGCGACAAGAUGUUGCCAAGACCAGUGUUUGUGUGGGAACCGGUGCCCGAUGUUACAAAUAAGAAGUGUUUUGAGCAAUGUGUGGAGGCGAUGAAGAUGGUUGAUGUGGUGUCGCCAAAUCACGAAGAGGCGGCUGCGUUUCUGGGAUUGAUUUCUGCGGAGGAGGGGGAUGAUGAUGGUGACAAUGAUAUGAAUAAGUUCUUGGAUGAGGAAAUUCUUGUGAAUAUGGCAGAUCAGUUUCUCCGAUAUCAAAUUGGCGUUAAUGGGAUGGGAUGUGUUAUAAUAAGGGCAUCGUAUAAAGGUGCAUUAGUUGCAACUAAAGAAAAGAAGGAACUAAUACCACCUUAUUGGACUUGUACAAAUACUACCACCGAUAAUAAUAUAAUCUCGGAAGAAAAAUCACGAAUAAAGAGUAAUCCACGAGUAGUGGACGUUACCGGUGCUGGAAACUCAUUUUGUGGUGGUUUCGCAGCUGGCCUACUAAAAUCAAACUAUGACGUGUUUGAGGCUGCCUUAUAUGGCACAGUAAGUGCAUCAUAUACUGUGGAACAACUUGGACUUCCGCGGUUGACAAUCGAUGAGCGGACCUCGAAUGAAUGUUGGAACGGAGAUAGUUAUCUUCAUCAUCAACAGCAACAUUAUCAAAAUGAUAUUAUUAGUGAGGAUGUCUACGAUGGAGACGAAAAUCCUAAUGUAAGAUUAAGUAAGUUGCGACAGCGAGUAAAAGAUAAACUAAAAGAACGUUUGAAGGAGAAGUUGAGGGAGCGAAUAAAGGGGAAGUUGAGGAGAAAGGAAAAUGGGAUGGAGUUUUAUGAUGAAAAUUCCGAUGAAGUUUUUGAAUAA